CUAUAUAUAUAUAGUAGCGGCUCAGUGUUACCGGCUUCAUUCAGUAGGGAACUGCCGACGAGGAGCAUAGCACGAACCAGCGUCUGAAGAACCAUCGAUUUUUAAUUCCAGGAUCCUGGUCUAAUGGGAAAACUCUUUGUAAAUGCUUUUUAAGAAUACUCGCUUGAGAAAAGCGCACACUGGCUACGCUGGCCCUGGCCUCGAGGCUUAUCUAAAAGGAUUCAACUUUACUGGGGAGCCGCCUUGGGUGCUCUGAGCUCGUCUGGCAUUAGAAUUUUUAUAGUUCCAUCUCUUUCUGUCCAAUUUUCUUUUGCUGUCAAAUCUUGAAUUGUGACCAUGAACACCUUGGCUCCUACUGACUUUGACUUCACCUUCCUGGAGGAAGGUUUCUGUGCACGUGACAUUGUUGAGCAGAAGAUCAAUGAGUCAUCCCUAUCGGAUGACAAGGAUGCCUUCUAUGUGGCAGACCUGGGGGAUGUCCUUAAGAAGCACCUUAGGUGGGCACGUGUCUUGCCUCGUGUCACACCUUUCUAUGCAGUCAAAUGCAACGACAGCAGGACUGUCGUGAAGACGCUGGCGUCUUUGGGUGCAGGCUUUGACUGUGCAAGCAAGACUGAGAUCCAGAUUGUACAAUCUCUGGGUGUGGACCCCAGCAGGAUCAUUUAUGCCAACCCCUGUAAGCAAGUGUCCCAGAUCAAGUAUGCCUCUGCCCAUGGGGUGCAAAUGAUGACCUUUGACAGUGAAGUGGAGCUUAUGAAGGUGGCUCGUAGUCAUGACAAUGCAAAGCUGGUGCUGCGUAUUGCUACUGAUGACUCUAAAGCAGUGUGCAGACUGAGUGUGAAGUUCGGAGCUACGCUGAAGAGCAGCAGGCUGCUUCUGGAGCGGGCGAAGGAACUAGGCUUGGAUGUCAUUGGAGUCAGCUUUCACGUAGGCAGUGGCUGCACUGACCCAGAGACUUACAGCCAGGCCAUCUCAGAUGCACGCUGCGUCUUUGACAUGGGGGCUGAGUUGGGCUACAAUAUGACCCUGCUGGAUAUCGGUGGUGGCUUCCCUGGCUCUGAUGAUUCCAAGCUGAAAUUUGAGGAUAUUACUGCUGUGAUCAACCCUGCACUGGAUAAGUACUUUCCUGCAGACUCUGGUGUGAAGAUCAUCGCUGAGCCUGGCCGAUAUUAUGUGGCCUCUGCAUACACGCUAGCUGUCAACAUUAUCGCCAAAAAGGUCAUCAUGAAGGAGCAGUCUGGCUCAGAUGAGGAGGAUGAAGGGACCAGUGACAGAAGACUCAUGUACUAUGUCAAUGAUGGUGUUUAUGGCUCUUUCAACUGCAUUCUCUACGAUCAUGCACAUGUCAUGCCUGUUCUCCACAAGAAGCCCAAGCCAGAUGAGCGUAUGUACCCUUGCAGUAUUUGGGGGCCUACCUGUGAUGGACUGGACCGCAUUGUAGAGCAGUGUUCCCUGCCUGACAUGCAGGUGGGAGACUGGCUGCUGUUUGAAAAUAUGGGUGCUUACACAGUGGCUGCCUCCUCUACCUUCAACGGCUUCCAGAAACCAGACAUUCAUUACAUCAUGUCCCGAGCAGCAUGGAAGUGCAUACAGCAGAUUCAUGCCCAGGGGAUGCCAGCUCUAACGGAGGAGCAGUGCCCCGGCAACAUGCCAUCCAACUGUGGGCGUGAAAGCGGCCUGGAGAUGCCUGCUAAGCCCUGUGCCACCCGUGUGCACUGAGUUGCUGCCUUACCCUAGAUUUGGUACAGAUAAAGGCCAUUAAUCAAGUCAUUUAAGACCUGAUUCUCCAAUAAUGGCAGAAAGUCACUGAUGCUAUGAGGGUGUCUGUAGUUACACAUUUUGCUGUAAUAACACCGUGUCUGCUCUUAUCUGUGCCACAUCCAUGGUGCAUACUCCCAUAUUGUUGAUGCACAUGUUGACUGAACUUUUGUUUUCUUCUCAAUUAUUUUUUUUAUGUCAUUGCUUUCUAUAUUUUGUACUUUAAUAUUUGAGGCCAGUUACUUGACCGGAAAAUAGGAGAGAGAGCAAUAAUUGUUGUGUUAGAUGAGGGUCUUCUGCAGAGGAAACAUUCUCCUAUACAUCCCACCAAUUUAAGCUAUUUGUAUAAAGCUGUCUAAAUGCAUUUUAACCACUACAAUGGACCACUUCAUUCAGCUUUGGAGGGAGCAGGGAUACACUUCAUUACAAGUUCUCAGAUCUAACCUGCAAGCAGGAACUGAACACAUUCCUCCUUUGGGCCUCUUAUUUAAAAAUAUAUAUUUUCUAAACUAUUUGUUUUGUUUGUAAGCAAGUUAAUAAUAAUUAUUAUUGCUAAGUAACGAACCAGUAAUUAUGAUGGUGAUGCAUUUAAAAAUGGAUAGAAAGAGAUGGGAUUGCACUCCUACUGCUUUCCUAUGGAAACUUUUUUUUAUAUUUUGUAUUUUUUUUUUUUUUUUUUUUUUAAGAAAUAAAAUACAGCUGUACAUGUG